AGAGAGAGAGAGAGAGUCUGUUUGCGAUCACUCGGAAAAGAUCGAUGGCCUGUCCUCUGUGCACGUGACGAUAAUAUUUCCUACCGGAAAUUGAUAAUCUUCUUCCGGUAUGCGGCCGACGCAUCGCGUAUCGGCGUUUUUUUAACAUGGUUGAAACUUGUCGGCCGCGUUUCGACGACGAGUUUUUAUCGAAAUUGAUAAUAAACGUAAAAAUAACGGCGAGACGACGCUUGGAUAUAUGAAUAAAUUUAUGCGUGGAGAAGAGAAAACUGAUAAAAGAGAAACGAUGCUAUCUGAAAAAUAGGGAAUGAAGCUGGGUAAACAUCGAUUGGAGGAUGAUUGGAAGAUAGAUAAAGUUCUCGGUGUUACAUUCGAGAGAAGAGGGAAGAGAGUUGACAGAAGACAGAAUCUUCUUUGAAAAGUUGUCUCGUACAAGUGCAACGUUAGUUUGUUCUUCUCCAAAUAAUACUUCUUUCGCCAAGCGCGAUUUGUUCAAUGUCCACCUGCUGGCCGGACUCCUGUCGACUCCAUUGUGCAAUAAUGGCUGCCUAUCUAUGGUUGUGAUCGGUAGCGAAAAAGUGUCGUCACUUCGUCCCGGCGAUGAUCGCUUUACGACCACCAUAAACCGACACUUUAUGCAGCUUGUGCUCGGCUCGAGUUGGAGCCGGCACGAUGCAUUGUGAACGACUCUCUCUCCCUUCCAUCCGGAUCCUUUAUAGAUUUAUGGUACGGACGUACGCCGCAAAGCGUUGGAGAAGAGAAUCUUGGAAGAGGAGAAGCUGGUCCUCCUCGUUAUCACGACCUGCCCCCUAGUCGCGGGCCCCUCCACGCUUUGAUACGCUCUUUGCAAAUCUGAGUCCGCCCCCUUUCAACGGCAUCAAAGAGACCCUAUUAAACCGUGAAAAUUUUCACUUCCAACUCCUUUCACCUAUUAUUACGUUACUCUAACCGUUUCAAGCUACUCGGCUACUAGUCUGAAAAAUAAGAGAGUUUUCGAUCGAUUAUUUUUCAAACGUGAUUCGAAAGGGAUCGAAUCAAAAUUAUUAUUUAAAUUCAAUACUGAAAAGGAGUGUAUAUUGUGACGAUUAUUUUUAACUUUUAAAACUGCAAAUUAUCGAAAAAUGGAAGAAAAAUAUAGCAGUGUAAAUAAUAAUUUUUCAACGAAACGAGUACAGAUUAGAGAUGAAGGAUCGUACGUGCCUACGGUGUUGCACGACGAUUUGUGAAACUAGAUGCCCUCGAGAGAGUACCGUAGGAUUGACGAAGGCUUUCCUCGACGGCAUGAGGCAGCCCCCAGGGACGGCCACAAAAGGUGCGUAGCCUCUAUCCUCGGAACGCAGGGUUGAUUUAUGAGUGGAGGGGAGGGCGCAUGCGCGCCAGGCCACAGGAUUCACCGGUGGGUCUAUCCCCACCUCCAUAGAGAAACCCGGCAGAGCAUUCAGCCUCCUCCCUUCUUCCUUGGUUCCUUGUCCACUCGGUUAUUAAAACCGAGGCGACACGGUCGGCAACUAGCAAUUAUCUGGCGAACGCUCGGAGCCGCGCACACUCCGAUCUGCGACACACUAUUUUCUCAGUAGUAUCUUUCGUUUCUCGUUUCUUUUCUUCUCCUUUUUUUUUUCCUUCUCUUUUUCCUUUUCUUUUUUUUUUCUCGUAAAAAAAGUAGUUACAAAGUAGCAGCAGUGAAACGAGAAGAAAGUUAAGAAAAAUCAUUUUGCAACGACGAUACGACGUGCCGCGGACACGCGCCGAAUCGCGCAGGAGGAGGAGGAGUAUAUAAUUGUUACUUCUUGCGAGCGAAGCCUUCUCGAAAGUGAAGUGAUGGCACAAGUGAUGCAGUAUCAACAGAUGUGCAUGCCUCCGAUGCCAGGCAUGGCUGCCGUGUCUAACCUUCCAAUGCCGAUGCAUCAAUCCGCAGCAAUCGAUUACGGAAGUUCGCCCAUUCACUAUCAACCGUACAAUACCGCGUUGAGCGGUCAUCAUCAUCAUCAUCAUCAUCAUCAUCAUCAUCAUCUUCAGACGAGCCAGUCCGCCUACUGGUACCCGGCUGGUUCCACGGGUCACAGCCAAAUUACGGAGCCGCUCACGCCGCCGGCGUACACGGCGAUGACGAGCGUCGCGACCAACACGACCUCGUGGACGACCCACACGACCCACCUCCCCCACCAGCCCCACCUCGUCCCCCCGAUACAGCAUUACUCGUUGCCACCGAGCCCCCCCGAACUCCCCCCGAGCCCCCAGGACCACCCCUCCCCCUACCAGUGGCCCCUCACCCCGCCCGCCGAGCACCACUUCGGCCUCGCGGCCGAGGAUCACGGAAAAUCCAAUGGGAGGAAGUGCAUAAGAUGCCGUUGCCCGAACUGCCAGACGGAGAACGGGGGAAGUCAGCUAGGCCUGGACGGGAAGAGGCAACACGUAUGCCACGUGCCCGGUUGCGGCAAAGUGUACGGGAAGACGUCCCAUUUGAAGGCGCAUCUCAGAUGGCACACCGGCGAACGCCCGUUCGUAUGCAACUGGCUGUUCUGCGGCAAGAGGUUCACCAGGAGCGACGAGUUGCAGCGUCAUCUGCGUACGCACACCGGGGAGAAGAGGUUCGCUUGCCCGACGUGCGGGAAAAGGUUCAUGAGGAGCGAUCACCUGACGAAACACGUGAAGACGCACGAGAAUCAGAAGAGGAAAAGUUGCGGGGCGGGGAAGAGGGAGUGCAACAAGGAGAAUUCGUUGCCCGGCCGCGUGGCCGAGCAAAGUAACGCGUAUCCCUCGAUCGGUGGACAAUACGCUAUGAUUUAAUGGGGGAUCGGAUCGAUUCUUUACUUUCGUUCGAUUUUGUAAAUAAUUAUUGUCGCGAGAAAGUUUCUUUCCUCCGACAGAGUCGAUUAUUGUAAUUAUAUUGUACAUAGAGAAUUGUAUAUUUUUGUAAAAUAUGGUGUUGUACGAAAUUAUUGUUUGAUCAUGAAUGAAAGAAAGAAAGAAAGGGAAAAAAAAGGAAAGAAAGGAGAGAAAAGAAUAUAUAACAAGAACCUUCGAUUUCAAAUUUGGUAUUUUAUUAAAAUUCAUUUUUUUUACACGCUAAUAUAAUCUGUAUCUUUUGUAGGAUAGACAGGAUCGAGAGGAAGGGGAAAAAGGAUAAAUUUUAAAUCCCCGAUACUAGGCCGAAAAUUCACAUAAUAACGAAUCAUUCCCCUGUCGUAUAUCAGAUUCCUCCACGACAUCUUCCUGUCAUACGAUACAUCGUGAGUCCCGCCCAAGAAGCACAAUACGAUGUUAGGCACUUUUAGAAACCAGCCCUUCGCACGAUGAUUUCCUACCUGGCAGGUGUUUCGAUAAAGAAAAAGAAAAAAAAAAAGGAAAGAAAAAUAUCAUUUCAUACGAAAGCUAUCAUCCCUCUACUUCUUUCGUAAAACGAAAAAUAUCUUGUUUUUCUUCUUCUCCUUCUUCUUCUUUUUAGCGAACGAACGCUUUUCGAUACGUAACACAAUACAAGAAUUCGACCAGAGAUAGAAUUUCUCUCGCCACCACCAAGGGAAAUGGUGGAACGUCGUACGGCACUGUCGAGUCGUUUCAUUCGUAUUCCUGCCAAGAGAUGGCUGCACUGUGAAUGGAAAGAGGCCGCGUAGCCCCAUUAAGGGGGCGGCGCGCCGUAGCCUCGUAGCCCCGUUGCCCCGGCUGGAGGAUUCAUGGCUGGCACGCAGAGAGGUAGAGGCAAAGGAGGCAGACUCGAUGAUAGAGGUAGAGGAGGCGUGAGAGAGGGAAAGCUAGAUAGGGAAAGGAGAAAGAAAAACUGUCUUAGAAGAGGUAGAAAAGUGAGAGAGAGAGAUGGGUGAGCGGGCAGGAGGAGGGGAGGUUACGAAAAAACGGAAUGAAACGAAAAAGGAAAAGAAAGGGAGGGAAAGGAAGGAAGGAAGGAAGGAAGAAAAAAGGAGGCAGCCGCGGAGCAAAUUAUAGGGAAAAAUAGGGGAGGGACGAGGCAGAGGAGGCAGCACACAAGCACUCCUCGUGGUGUGUGCCACUCGAUGGUGGAAGACGAUCAGGUGGAUGGGUGGAAGGGUAGGAGGGGAGGAGGGGAGGGAGGGAGGGGUGGCGCCACGGCAAUUCCAGGCUCGCGUUCAACGUUCGGAGUACCGCGGAUAGCCGCGAAGUUAGUACGCAAGAGAUUCAAACAGAGUGACGAGGCCGGACCUUCUCCUCCGUUUGCCGCCUUCUCUUCGAGCUACGUGAAAAUCGCGAGGAAAUAGGAAAAAUCGCGCGCCACCCGCCGAGAAGGCACAGAGAGUUCGGACACCGGUUCGUUCGGUUGCCGGAAGCGCGAUAAAGGCCCACGCUACAGCUUUGUCUAACCAGGAGUGGGAGGGAGAAGGAGGAGGAGGAGAGAGAGAGACGACAAGUACACGGUAUACACGCGACUCUCUCUCUUACGUGUUACGCGCGGUCAGUGCGAGAGGCUGCGACGUGCCGCGAGCAUGCGUCUGCGACGGACGGCCCUUAAGGCGGAUACGCACCACGCCGACUCGUCGUCGCCCUUGUCCUCCUCGUCGUCCUCGUCGUCGUCGUCAUCGUCGUCGUCGUCGUCGUUGUCCGUAUUCGUGAAUGCUCGCUUCUCACCAUCGCUGCAGAACGAAUGCACGCGCUGAUACUGUCCGUGGGGGCAAAGAAUGGACGAACAGGUUCGUAGCCGCGCGCAUGUCACCGAUCGAGUCGACGAAACAGGCUCCGAUUUUUCGAUCGAUCCGUCGCGCUCGCGUUACCCGUCGUCGUGUAUCGAACGAGAUCGCUCGUACUUUUUAAAACCCUUUUUCGAUCAAAUCCACUCCUUCGAUUAUCAUCUCGCAUCAUGUCGGUAAACAUUGGACGGACGGUGACUCAAUUUCUCGCACCUGUGUUUAUCAACACGAGCGGUUCAAAGAAACGCACGCUUUAUGUGUCGACCAGCAGCCGGGGAGUGCGCGAAUUCCGGGAAAAAAUUUUCGACGAUAUGUUUACCGCGUAGCGAAAUCUUCGAUGACUUAUACGCGGAAUUCGUUGGAAUUCGCACUGCGCCCAAAGUCGAGCGAGGCGGUUUGUUUUGUUUUCGGCUGGCUCGAUAUCGUUUCUGUUUUCGCACGUAUACGAAGGGCGCGCGGUGUGGAAAAUUUACCAGUCGAACCGUAGCAGUGACGCAGCAAUACACACAUACGCCUCGUGGGAAGAAUGCUUCGAUAUCUCGUUGAUCGGGCAGUGAUUAUUUGAAGUUUUGUGACACCGUGUGUGUGUGUGGGUGUGCUUUCCUCUCCCCAUCGGUCAGUGGACGCGUGGACCGGAUCCGAACGGAUAGAAUAUCGUUCGGGAGUUUCUGAAACGCCGCGCCCGAGCAAUUCGUCAAGAUUUUUUGGAUCCACGAGGUGAAUCGAACCGGCAAGCUGGACGCGGAGGUCGGAGGCGGCGGAAGCCGCAGGGGUAUAAGCCCUCCAACCCACCUCGGCAACAUAAACCCGGAUCAUCCGGGUCG